CCGCGCCGCGCUACGGCUACGGCACGCUCGCGCAUGGUCUCGUCGCUGUGCGGUCUGUGUCACGGUGUCAGUGUCGUCGUCGGUGUCGUCGAUUCGCCGCGUGAGUUGGGUUCGUGGAGAGCGUUCCGUCGUCGUUGGCGAUCCACCGCCGUUGCUCGUCCCGCCAGCGAGCGAUAAUAGGAUGCGGUAUCGCGCGGAGUUCCGGUGCCGCCGCAUCCCGUAUCCGCGGCUUCGCGGGAAGGUUGCCGUUGCGGCCGCGGCCGCGUCCCGCUGAGGGGAAUAUGCGCGCCGCGCCGGAUCCAAUCGCUCCAGUGUGUGCGGGUUAACCUCAAGCGACGAGCGAGAGUGUGUCCCCCGCGCGCGCGGCCAGGUAGGGGUGAGGUGCGAAUAAAGGGAAGAGCGAGGGAUCGAAAGAGAAAGAAAGUGCGCGGGUGUGUGGUGGUCCUCUCUCCUCUAGGAAGAAGCAGGAACGAGGAAGAGGUUCCCUCGUCGUGAUAUACAUCACACUUGCGCGGGCAGCAGACAGACAGACAGACAGACAGACAGGCAGGCAGGCAGGCAGGCAAACAGCCACGCAGGGAGGCAAGCAGGGAAGCAGGCAGGCAGGCACGCAUGCACGCACGCACGUACGUCAAGAUGUCGUCGUCCGGACACAGCAGUCGCACCCGCGCCGUCCACAUCGGCUCGAUCUUCCAGAAGCUGCACGGCCGCUUCGCCGACGCGAUGACGCCGCCGCGGAUGUCGACGGACAAGCGCACCCUCGACAAGACCUGGAAACUGAUGGACAAGGUGGUGAAGCUGUGCCAGCACCAGCGCAUGAACCUCAAGAACUCGCCGCCGUUCAUCCUCGACAUUCUCCCGGACACGUAUCAGCGGCUGCGGCUCAUCUACAGCAAGUACGAGGACCGGAUGCAGAUGCUGCACACGAACGAGCACUUCUGCGUGUUCAUCAACAAUCUGAUGCGUAAGUGCAAGCAGGCGAUCAAGCUGUUCAAGGAGGGCAAGGAGAAGAUGUUCGACGAGACGUCGCACUACCGUCGCAACCUCACCAAGCUCAGUCUCGUGUUCAGCCACAUGCUGUCCGAACUGAAGGCCAUAUUCCCGAACGGCGUGUUCGCCGGCGAUCAGUUCCGCAUCACCAAGGCCGACGCGGCUGAAUUCUGGAAGGAGCGCUUCGGGAACAGUACUUUGGUACCGUGGAAGGUGUUCAGACACGAAUUGAAUCAAGUUCAUCCGAUCAGUUCUGGACUGCAAGCGAUGGCACUGAAAUCCACGAUAGAUCUGACAUGCAAUGAUUACAUCUCCAACUUCGAAUUUGACGUAUUCACGAGGUUGUUUCAACCGUGGUCGACCCUCCUACGUAACUGGAAAAUUUUGGCUGUGACGCAUCCCGGGUACGUGGCUUUCCUAACGUACGACGAGGUGAAAGCGCGCCUGCAAAAGUACUGUAUCACCAAGCCCGGGAGCUAUGUGUUCCGAUUAAGUUGCACGAGGCUGGGACAAUGGGCAAUCGGCUAUGUCACGUCUGACGGUGAUAUUCUGCAGACCAUACCGCACAACAAGAGUCUGUGUCAGGCGUUACUGGACGGCUACCGGGAAGGCUUCUACCUGUAUCCGGACGGCCGAAAUAUAAAUCCAGACCUGACGUGGGCGGUGCAACCGACGCCGGAGGAGCACAUAAAGGUGACAGCGGAACAGUAUGAAUUGUACUGCGAGAUGGGCAGCACGUUCCAGCUGUGCAAGAUCUGCGCCGAGCACGAUAAGGACGUGAGGAUAGAGCCUUGCGGGCACCUCCUCUGUACUCCAUGUCUCACAGCUUGGCAGGUAGAUUCCGAAGGGCAAGGCUGUCCGUUUUGUCGAGCUGAGAUUAAAGGCACCGAGCAGAUCGUGGUGGAUCCGUUUGAUCCGCGAAGAACACACAGACCCGGAGCGCAUUCAGCGUCUGCUAGCAACGCGUCAACCCCCACGCGGGAUCUCGACCCCGACACCGAGGACAUAAUGGAGAUGUACAACGGCAACUGCGGUCUCAUAUGCGACGACUCGGACGAGGAAGCCGAUUCCAGCCCCACGAAUUCGCCCGUGCCUCCACGGAGGAUCGUGCCGAGCCCGCCGUUACCACCUAGAAGACCUUCACCGUCGCCCACACCGAACAAUCACCUCAGAAACGGUCGUCACUUGACAGUGCCAAAGGAAAAUGCUCCUCCGCCGCCGUCCUCGACUGUAAUAUUAAAUUACGCCGACACUCAGCAAAAUAACAAAGCGCUUACAGUCAACACUGAUGCGAGAUACGACAUGCUGCAUCGUGCGUCCUCGCCGUCGCCGGCGCCGCCGAUACCACCCGCAUCGUCGGCGGCGAUAGCGAGGGCUCUCGCGGGUCGGCACCACGGCAACCACACGUGUAGCACUCCGCAGCGGCAGCAACAGCUACCACCGACGUUGCCGGAGAAGCCGUGUCGCAUAAUUACCGCGACCGCGAGUCAAACAUCUUCGACGACGGGUCAAACUGGGUCGAGCGGCAACGUGCCGCCGGUGCCGCCGCCUUUGUCGGCACCGCGGCCGCCGAAGGCCGGCAAGGAGGGUCCACGUCAGGAUCAUCACUACGAGAACACAAUCAUGAUCUGCGGCACGAGCCAGCACGUUGCGAAAAACAUGAAUCUGGAGGCAAGCAGGGCUCGUCUGACCGCGCUGAUGAAGGCCAGGGAUGAUCCGGGUAGCGGUGGCUGCGCGGCGACCAAGUCGGAGUCGGCGGCGUACGAGAAUGUCAACAUCGAGCACAUCACGAGGCUGACAGCGCUCGGUUUCGCGCAGGACGCCGUGAUCAGGGCGCUUGGCAUCACCAGGAACGAUCUUGAGAUGGCACGCGAUAUAUUGCACGAGUUUGCUACGAAAUCCUCCUGACCAGGGCCGAAUACUGAGGUCUUAUGACCAGCCAUACCUGCCAGACGGUACUUUUAACAGGGAACACAUGCGAAGUCGUACACGUCCGGCACGCAAGUCUCACUUCUGAUGCGUUCGCAGACACGUCACAUCGCGCUUUCGCUACAGAGCGUCUCAUCAGACGAGCGUCCGAUACAAGAGGCCACAAUGUUCCAUUUCACAAUGAACCAUAAGGCGAACGCCGAGUUAUGAGAAACGAUCGAGAGUACUGUGGCGCAUCCGGACGGAAAAAGAGUGCACGAAGAAUCCUCAAAAAUAUCCGUGGAGAAUCAUCCUCGGCACGCAUGUUUCGCGGACUUUUCUUCGCCGCACGUCCUCGACUCUCUGACGGAAUCUUGAUGGAACUCUUCGUUCUUUGAGAGGGAUAUGUCGGCGUGUCGCGUGAACGUGCACGCGACACGGGCGGCAAGCGCGUAAGCGAAGCCGACGAUUGAUUGACCAAAGGCAAUUCCGCGGCCGUCGAAGUAUUCCUUCGCAGGCUAGCGUAGAAUAUAUAGUAGUACGUUCCAAUACUUCCCUUAGUACCUUUCACUCUGGCUUAGUUACUAUCUUGUUCCUCGAUAUACUUAAGGUAAGGAUUGAUUGUACAAUUGCAAAACAAGAAUCGGCUUGCACGCGCACGCGUGCGUGUGUACUCGACAAAAAAAAUCUCGGAAGUCUUCGACCGCUCGUUCUUCAUACUUUGUAUUAUAUAGCGUAUCUCGCGGCGACGAAUAACGCGCGGUCCGAGGUCGCGGAAUUAUUCCGGAAUCGGUUUCGAAAUCCCGCGUCGCACGGGAGCGAUACGGGAGCAUUUCAGCCGUUCUAUCCGACGACGUGACGAGUUACAUCCUUUCGAGAUAUAUUCUACGUAGAGCAUCGAGCCCGCUAGACGCACAUACUUCGCUCACGAGCACAAUGAAUAUAUAAUGAUAUUGCCGAUCGAAAGUACAUUAGACGAGAAAUGCUUGGCAUCUAAUUUUGUAAUCCUCAAUCUAUACCGUUCUCUCAUCAAAUUUUAGAGUAGCUAUAUAAAUAUAUAUAUAUAUAAAUAAUAUAUAUGUACCGCGCUAUUUAAUAUAUAUAUAUAUAUAUAUAUAUAUAUAUAUAUAUAUAUAUUAUGUAACGUCCUCCGCAUUAGUACUGCGUGAUUAUACGCAUAUAUGAUACCUCGGUGAGGAUAAAAGUGACAAAGUAAUGCGUUCAAUUGUAUAAAAAUUGUUGAUCUAUACUCGUGACUUUUUGAUCCUAAUUAUGUGGAGUUCUACAUCAAGGCACGAUAGCCGUAGCGCGCACACCCAAGACUUGACACACUAGACACACUUGAACAUCUUCUAGAUUCUAAGCUAGUGUACGCGGUGUCUUUCAUCCUCCGGCUCGCACGUGCGCAUGCGGCGAACGCGCGUUUUACCAAAUACCGUAUUUAUUGCGAAUGUGAUACUUAUGUUCGCGCGUGAACGCGCAGCUUUUCGUCGCGCACGAGUAUCGACGCGGGCAACAUGAGAGGGAAGAAAGGGCGAAAGAUUGAUCUUGAACUCCAUACUCGUGGCAUGGAAGGUGACGUGUCAUGCAAAAAAAAAGCAGUUACAAUCUUGAUAACUUUAAGUGUGUAAAGUACGCAUACACAUGAAUGGAUUUCAAUAGGAAACACAUGUGUUCGAACAGGCAGACUUCGGUUCUCCUUGGACGAAGCGUAUCGUUUCGCUCCGCACCCGUUAAAUAGUACAUACAUACGGCAAAUCGUGACUGAAAGCGUCGGAGAAUGAAAAAAUGGAAUACUUGCAGGCGAUGGAUGAGAUAGAAGUUUAGUUGUACGUCUGUUGUAUGAUAGCGCGAUAGAGUCAGUAGUUACCAUUAGGAUACAGAACUGUAGGACGCAUCGCUUCACGUUAAUUUAUGCCUUGUGGUAGAUGCUCAAUCACGCGUAACGUAUUUUAUCCUGCGACAGGGCAAAACGGACCGAGAACAAGAUAAGUGAAAAUAGUCGAAUCCGCUGAUUUCGCAGAAGCGAGUUAAUUAAUGUAGAACGAUGCGACGCGCGCGUCUCCUACGUGACGAUUGCACGAUGAAAAGUUGAUUACUACCUCGCGAUUAUGCCAAAGGUACGAUGUGAACGUCCGAUACACGAAUGAAAAACGUUAUCCGGUGUCACUCGUUAAACUCUCAUUUUAAUCCUUUUAAUUUUGUCUUGCGCACGCAAAUGCGGGGCGGAUCGUCGCGUAACACGGUUCAUCGAUUUAGGUACGAUAUUCAAUUUUCAUUUAAUCUUUCUUCCUCGCGACUCCUCCGAGACGCGUGCAUUUCCGCACUGUUAGGCGAACAAAAGCGACAUGCAAUCUCAAGUGAAAAUCGAGUCGAUAUCUUUCUGAAAGAGAAUUAUCAUUAUCGCAAAUAUUCACGACGUGAUUCUGUCAAUGUGAAUCAGCAUGGUUCACUGAUUUCAUUUGCAUUCUACUAUGCACUUAAAAAUGCGUCAAUCGUCGCAGCAUCAGCAUCACCGUUAAGAGAAUUCGCAGCUUUCGCUAUCGGACUGCAGGUCCGUACGAGCGCAUCCAAUGAAUAUUUAGCUGUCCUAUUUUUCUACAUUGUAUAUUCUGGUCACCGUGUACUGCAUAACUGCAUCGAUCAUACGUAUGAAAAGCGUCUAAGAAAAUGGGAAAUGGGAGGAAGUAAUUUGACACUCGCGCUUUUCAUUAUGCGUCGAUACGUCUAAAGGGACGAUGACAAAAUUUGAUGCAAUAUGCGAAGUAACACAAAAAUUGACGGACAAAUUGAAGAUAAUGCGUAAGAAAUGUAGAUCGAGUCUCCUUUCGUUUUAAUUAUUAUUCGCUGUACAAAUUGUUUUACAAAUAUUUCUCGAAAUAAAAUAACAUGUCGUUUAUAACAUUCACGCGUUGUUUCAUUGCGAGAUUGCACUGUGGUUCAGUGAUCGUACUUGUUUGUAGAAAUAAACUCGAUUAUACCAACUACGCAAAGCAAUGUAAAUUUAUAAUAAUAUCUCGGAUGGUCAAUCUUUGAGAACUAGAAUAUUAUUCUUCCAAGACAACUUCGAUUAUCGAUAUCAAGGACUUCUGACAGAAAUUAAAAAAAUAUAGUAUUUUAUCAAAUC